UUAAAUGCGUUAUUCGUUCCAUUGACUGGGGUAUUAAAUGCGUUAUUCGUUCCAUUGACUGGGGUAUUAAAUGCGUUAUUCGUUCCAUUGACUGGGGUAUUAAAUGCGUUAUUCGUCCCAUUGACAUUUAAUACAAAUGCGUUUCAAAAAUUUAAGCAUGAUUUGGGGGGGGGGGGGGGGGAAUCUCCUCAUUUGAAAGGGAAGUUGCAGUAUAAGUAGAGUUACCAAAUGUGGAAUUUAAGCCAACGGGUUUAGUAAUGAGCCUUACAAAGUAAGACGAUACGUAUUAUAAGUUUUGUCAGCUGAAACCACGUUCCUCAUGUAACCUAUCUUAAUUUCUUUUAUCACUUCUGGUUUACUAUAUAUACAGAUGGUACGCGCUUAUAUUUUGAUGUAUCUAUUAUUCCUCCUAUUAAUUCUUUUGAUCCAUUCUUCUAAUCCUCGACAGAAUUCAUAAAUAUGGGAAGUUGACAAUGGAGAAGCUGAAAUCAUCCCAUUUGUCAUAAAGUUGAAUUGUUGGUUUGCCGUUUAAUAAAUUACGUAAAUAAAUGUACGAAGCAGAUAUGGGGGACUCUGUGGUGUCUCAUAAGUUAAGAUCACAGGGAUAUAUCGAAUCGACAUAAUGAAAAUUAUUAUUGUUAGUAAAUAAAUAUAAAACGUCGUCGAUGUAUACAAAUGUCGAGUUAAAGGCCACAACAAGAUAUUUUGUCUUAUUUGUUCUUUUUUCUUUCCCUUUUCAAUGUAUUUACCGUCAAUAACAACAUAUAUUGCUUUAAACAGUUAUUUUUUAAACCGAGCUUGGACAAUUUAUUGCAAAAUAUUUCACUAAAUACCGGUAUUUAGAAAUAUGAGUAUGGAAGUAAACGGUGUUCGGUUGGACUAAAACUAAAUUUUUGUUAUGACGUCAUAAUCGAAAUGUGCACAUAAAGACGUCCGGACAAUGCGUACUCAAAAUCGAUGACGAAAACAAACGAUUUUGCAUCAUAAUAGAAACAAUAGCAUGACGUCAUAAUAUAUGUUUUGCUAGGUGCAGAAUCAUCAAUCCAGUGUAUAUACGAAGAAAAAAUCCGUUGUUAUUCAUAUUAACGAGUGUUUACGGUUUCUACAAACUUAUCUGAAUCCUGAGUAAAACCACAAAGGUUACCAUCAUCAUGGAUGACUAUGAAAAUUUGGUUAGAAUUUAUUUUUCGACCCACUACAUGAAAGAACAUCCAGACCAUGCAUUAGCCAUAAGCGGGUCCAUCCCGGAGCUUGGUCAAUGGGAUGCAGGGAGUGCUGUCAUUGCAGGUGAAACUCCUCACAAACCCGGAGAAUGGGUCCUCCGCAUGCAACUGAAAAGCAACACCCAAUUUGAGUGGAAAUGGGUGGUUAUUUGCCGCAAAACUCUCACCAUCCUCCGAUGGGAGGAACGACCAAACAGGUGCACACAACUCCAGGAUAAAAUAUGGACCUGCCACGCCCCCUGGAACCAUGACGUGAAUUACAAACUAAUGUAUAACUGCCCAGUCAGAAAAAUGGCAAAAAAGGACAAAGGGAAUACUGAAAGUGAAGAUAUUCCGGAAACAGGAGAUGCGCCGCCAGGUCGUCUUACAGCUUUGCGGUCAGUGGUGACGUGGCCCUUUCGCUGCAUCAACAGAUUCUACCAGUCCAUCGCUGGAUUGGUCCGGCGAGAUAACUAGUGCAUGAAAACAGAGAUGAACGAUUAUAAAUACAUUGUACGGUGCAGUUAUAAUUAGGAAAUUUUGUAAUAUGCUUGGGAGUUUGAUUACAUUUAAUUAUGAUAUGCUGGCAUUGCAUGUGGCAACUCUCAAAGUUAAAGAGAUAUAUCUUUUUAACAUAGAUAGUAAAACGGCUCGCCAUAAUGCCUGCAUAUAUUACUUUGUUUUAUUUUCUAGCCGAACUGAUGCACAUAUGUUCCAUCUAUAGCAUCCGGUUUAUAAAAUCAAAUAUGUUAUAUCUCAAGUAUACAAUUAGCAUAACAUGAACCAAACUGCAUUUUUUCAUUAAACCAUGCUGCAAACUUAAGUAGUUUUUUUUUCAACACGAGAUUAUGAAAGGUGAAGAUAACGAUCAGUGAUCAAUCUUAUAACUCUUAUAUAAGCAAUGUGAAAUAGAGAGUUGGGUAAACACGGAUCCUGGAUUUACUAGAGGUGGGGUAUCUCUCCCCGUCCUCAUUAACAGAAAACGGAGAUCGUAUGUGUAGCUGUAAGAUACUAAACAAAGAACACAGGUGCUUAUGGAUGUGACUUUCGCCCCUCCCCCCUUUUUUGUAUUUUUAAUGUUUAAUUUGUUGGAUAUUUUGGGUGUAUUCUUAAUAGAAUAUGUAACUUCAGAGUGUUUAUAUUUGUUGUUUUGAAAUAUAACAGUCCAGGCGUUAGCUGAGGUUUUUGUAUUUAAAACAACAUUUCAAGGUCAAGGAGGUUAUCCUGCAACAUACACGAAAACAAGAACGUUAUUUCUCAAAAAUACACAGCCGAUUGUUUUCCUAUAUCGCUUCGAAUUAAAUCACUAUGACGUCAUGAUAGUUUCCGUAACGGCCUACCUUGUUUUUUGCUGACGAGAAAGUUGAGAUGAUAGGGGUAUUCUAAAACUCUUUUGAAGAUUUUUUUUUUUCCCCAUUUAGUUUGAUGUGAACGGAUUAUAAAUAUCAAUUGCUUUGAAUACAGUUCAAGAAAAAACUUGUCUGUGCAUCGCCAUGUUUGCAUGCUUGUGUAUCGCUCUCGGAAUGCAGACGAUUGGUUUAUACUGAAUGGUAAUUAUGUUCUUCAGUCAUUUAUGAAUUUGGUUUACAACAUAUAUUGAUUGAUUUUUAUGAUUAUCAGUCAUCGACUUUAUUGUUGCAUUAGCAAAACUCGGAAGUUCAAGCGAGAUGUGCAUCAAUUUUCUCAUGUCAGAUCAGUCAAUACGUAUGAAGGUAUGUCGUAGAAUAAUGACCGCGGCAUAUCUUUGAUCUUUGCAAUAACCGUGGUAGAAUUAAAAAUAGCCUUACUCUCACGAAUGUGAAAUAGAAAUAAACCUGAUAAUAUUACUCCAAAGAUCAUUGCUCCAAAAUAUGUUAAAUGGUAAUUACGU